UGUUGGCGGUUCUUCCCUAGUCCCCUCUAAACCCCGCCGCUUCGGCUUUCCCCUACUCUAAUCCCGACCGCCGCGCUAGCUACUCUCCGUUUCGCCCUCGCCUCGACCUCGCGCCUGAGGCGGCCGCUGCUCGUCUGCUCCGAUGGCGACUGUGCCAGUUAACCCAAAACCUUUCUUGAACAACCUGACAGGGAAGCCUGUAAUUGUCAAACUUAAGUGGGGUAUGGAGUACAAAGGUUAUCUUGUUUCUGUGGACUCUUAUAUGAACCUUCAGCUUGCUAACACAGAGGAGUACAUUGAUGGGCAAUUCUCUGGAAACCUGGGAGAGAUUUUGAUCAGGUGCAACAAUGUUAUGUACCUCCGAGGUGUUCCAGAGGAUGCGGAGAUAGAGGAUGCGGAGUGAGAAGACUUGAACCAUGUUUAGAUCGAUUGAUGUAAUAUGAUUCUGACGUGUUUGGGUGUGCUGGUGACAACCUAUUCUACCGAACCCUAGCUUUGAGCUUUAUGAGUGAUGAAGCAUGCCAUUCUGCUUUCAGUUAAGACUGCACUUUCAUUCUGCUGAGUGUUUCAACUGAAAUCUAGGACUAGAGAUGAUGUUCAGACUUAUUUCAGUUCCUGUCAUGCUGCUGAAUGUGGGAAGUAUCAGAUUUCUUGACCAA